CUUCUCCACAAGACCACAACAGACAUACUUAACUGCACAGAGCGGCGAACGAAGCUAUAUCACUGUCGCACAGCAUAUUUCCCACCGCCCUCUACACCGCCGUUUCCUCCACCGACUUCCUCACCAUCCGUCGUGCCGGAAACAGCAACGGUGGUGAGUUUAGUAGCUGAGAAAUUGUUUGAAUCAAAACCUUAACAUUAUGAAGAAGCGUCAGCAUGUUGCUCCUACUUCUGAGUCUAACUCGAAAAGGAAAAAGAAAGAAGAUAAAGGUACGAAAAAAAAGAAAGAAGGUAGAAGGGUGGAGAAAGAGACAAAUGUUGAGAUCAUUAAAUCUGUGAACUUGCUGGAGGAUGACCAUGAUGGAGAAGGGUCUGACAUUGAUUCUCCUAGAAGCAAUGUUGUGGGAAGCUUGCAGCAAAAUUAUGAUGACAAUGAUUCUGGAUUAAUAGAAGGUUCUGAGACUGAAGAGGACAAUGAGUUUUCUCAUUCAGAUGAAGAGGAUAUUAGGACAAAUGGUGGAGCCACAUCUGAGGAUUCAGUGGAUUUGAGCUCUUUUGAUUUACAUUUGCAACAUAAUUUAUCAAAAGAAGAGAUUGACAGCCAAAAGAACUUGAAAUUCAGCUGGGAUGUACCAGUUAUCGGUGUCUCAAAUUGCAAAUGGAGAGGAACUGGCGAAAAUAUCUUGAAGGAUUUUAAUAUCAACUCCUGUCCUGGUCUGAAGGAAAAGUUAUAUGAGCAUUGGAUGGAUGUCUCUAAGACAUCUGGAGGCAAGGAUAUUAAUUCACCAAAACAGAAGAUGUUUUUCUCCCUUUGCAGCAGCUACCGGGAUAUACUUUACUGUAACAAGAGACCAUUCUAUCUAAAAGGCCUCGAAGACACAAGCAUCAUGGAUGCAUACAUAAUGCAUUCUCUCAAUCAUGUCUUCAGAACUAGAGAUCGUGUUAAAAAGAAUGAUUCCAAAUUGGCUAGGAUUGAAGAGGGUGCUGAUACUGAGAGAUUCCGAGAUCAAGGUUUUACUCGUCCUAAGGUUUUAAUUUUGUUGCCAUUUGCAAAUAUUGCAUAUCGUGUUGUAAAGAGGCUUAUACAACUUACACCUUCGGCUUACAAGGUCAAUGUUGAACAUAUGGAUCGUUUUUCGGCUAAGUUUGGAGAUGAAGAAGAUAAAGGUGACAAGGAAAAUGGCGAGGAGCUUGAAAAUGCAUACCCUCAAAAACCGGAUGACUAUAAAGUACUUUCUCCCUACCAUAACGAGGAUGACUUUAUGAUUGGCAUAAAAUUUACUAGGAAGACAAUCAAGUUGUUCAGUGAUUUCCAUACCUCAGACUUUAUUAUUGCUUCACCACUUUGUUUGGUUAAUAAAAUUGAAGAGACUGAAAUCAAUAAGGAAAAAGAUGUAGAUUUUCUUUCGUCCAUAGAGGUUCUUAUUAUUGAUCAUGCAGAUGUAAUGACAAUGCAGAAUUGGUCUCAUGUGCGUCCAGUUAUUGAACACUUGAACCGCUUACCAUCUACGCCGCCCAGAACAGAUGUUAUGCGCAUUAGACCAUGGUAUCUUGAUGAGCAAGCCAGAUUUUACAGGCAGACAAUAAUUCUGGGUUUUUAUUCAAAUCCAGAGAUCAUUACUUCAUUCAAUCAUCAGUGUUCUAAUUAUGAAGGGAAGGUGAAAUUGAUGUGUGAAUAUAAAGGUGUUCUGCAAAAAGUGCUCCCUAAAAUUCAACAGGUUUAUGUACGGUUUAAUAUAGAGUCAAUAGUAGAUGCGGAUGAUGACCGUUUUAAUUAUUUUGUUAAGGAGGUUUUCCCAAGAAUAAAAGACUCUGAUCAGGGAGGAAUCAUGAUAUUUGCCAGUUCUUACUUCGAAUUUAUUCGAAUCCGAAAUUUUUUGAAGUCCCAGAAUGCCUCCUUCUGUCUGGUUGGGGAGUAUACAACAAAUCAGGAUAUUUCUCGUGCACGUGGUUGGUUCUUUAAAGCGGAAAGAAAAAUUAUGCUUUACACAGAAAGAUGUCAUUUUUACCGCAGAUUUCCGAUUCGUGGGGUUAAGAAUUUAAUCAUGUAUUCACUCCCAGAGAGGAAGGAGCUUUACCCUGAGAUUGUAAAUCGGCUUGACGGGUCUGAAAACCCUCAGUGCACUGCCCUUUUUUCACGCCUCGACAAGUAUCGGCUGGAAAGAAUUGUUGGAACUACUCAUGCAACAAAGAUGGUGGCAACAAAGAAGGUGGCUUCGGAGAAACCAGUUUUUGUUUUUUGCGAUUAGAAUUAUGUUGUACUCCAUAGUUGCGCAAAGCAACUCGAGUAUGUUGUGUCAUAUUUAUAUGCUUUUGUAGUCCAAGAGGCUCUUUACAAAGAUAUCAACGAGAUUAUAAAGACUUAUAUUUGGUUUUUCUGAGGAAGCUUGAACUUGAAGAAUGAAAUGAUAGUAAUAGCUCUUACUGAACAAAAAUCAUGGAGGAUAACUCACCCCCUUGGGAGUGUUUUUUCUUAUCCACCUUGGUUUAUUCAACUUUAUGUAGUAUGCAUGCAGAAGUAAUUUGAAAGGCACAAAAAUAUAGAAUUGCCAGGGUCAACUCACAAAAUACAUUAGGAGUUCAAUACACACAAGCUUGGUAUAAAAUAUUUAUUUCUAGGAAUUUAUUAUUGUAAUGAAUGAAAUAUGAAAUCAGUUGAUUGGUCUUUAUUUA